AUGAAGCGCUUGACUCAUCGCGGUCGCUGCCGUCCUGCAGGCAUUUUGACCUGCAAUGCAUGGAGGAACUGGCGUAGAGUUUCGCGUGCAUCCAUGGCGAUGGCGCAUUUCUCAGACGCAUUCAUGAUAUUACAUAACGGCCCACGCUCGCUACGGUGGGUGAGCACAUCUUCACAGACCGCGGGGGAGACUGCCGCCUCCGCCUCCGCCUCUUGCAUCCCGUCUUCUUCCGCCGCCGGGGAUGACAACAGCGCCGUGCAUGCGGAUGCUUGUGGUGCUCGUGAGGCUUUUGCCCCAGGUGAGGCGAGAGAGCUUCAUUUCCAUGAGGACUUUCUUUUUGAGGAGGUGGACGUGCACUUCUUGCUGCUGGAGGAGGCACACAAGAAACACGGUGUUCUGCUUAAUGUGCCGCCGCAGAUGAGUCCAAGCGGAACGCCACCCGAAGUGCCGGAGGUGAUGUUUCCGGCUGUGCAGCUGGAGCGACUGCGUGGGAUGCAGUUGGCAUACGAACCCACCCAUCUCCCUCCGCCGCUCCACACCACAGGCACCAGAAAACUCAUCAUUGACGACGCCUCCCCGAUGGUGACAGUCGUGACAAAGGCUUCCAUAGCGUCUACGCCUACGACCACGAAAAGCGCAACUUCGGCGAAAGGCGGGGGUGGAACCGCCGUGUUGGUGCGGCAUUUACCGCCGGACCCAACGAUGCGGUUUCACUGCACCGCCUGCGGGAAGGCGUUUCGUCUGGAGUUCUCUGCAGAGCAACAUGUGAAGUUGAAACAUCCAUCGGAUCCAAAGGCGGCGGUGGGGACGGGGCCUGGAGAGGGUGAAAUUAUCGAGGAGGCCGUGGCGACAGCUGUGACCCCCACAUCCCCUGCACGAACGGCGAAGGAAACAGCGUCAAAAGCGACUGGGGCGGAAAAGGGAGGACCGGGCGCCAGUGAACAUGGAACCGCAGGAGGAGUAGGGGCGGCGGAGUCUGCCAAAACGCAGCAACCAAGUAAGGACGGCGGGUCGUCUGGUGCGGAGGUCAGCACUGCGAAGAUGCCGUACAACAAGGCGACAUUGGCUUUACCGAGUGAGGAGCUCGUGGAUGAGCUCAUUAAGGAAAUUUGGGACGACGUUGCUGCACGUCGUGACGACAUCCCCAAACAAAAUGAUCCCAAUGCGUAUGUUCCCUUUAACACCGUUGUGGAAGGCACCGCAGACCGACGAAAGGAAAUAGAGGCAAAUGCGAAGCCCACGGCCCGCGCCACGCCGGAGGGUGCCGCCCCGGGGAUAAAGAAACCAAGUAUGCUCUCUAGUGGCUCCAUGAGUGCUGCAAGGGCGCAGAAACCAGGUAUGAGCGUGCCUAUAAAAGAACUUGUAAAAAAGUACCCGAACCCCUUUGGCGACUCUCCCAAUGCGGUACUGCAGGAACUUGAAAAGGAGCCUAUCAAUCCGUUCAUUCCACAGGAGGAGCUUGAGGCACAGUUGCAGGUGGCACGGGAAACGCCACCUUUGGCGUCCACACCAAACGGCGUGGCGAAUGGCAUUCCUCUUGGCAGUAAAACAAAGACUUCUAGCGUCACGGCUUCUGCUGCUUCUGUUACCGGUACCAGUUCCGGUAGGGUGCAGGAUAAAUUGAAGGAUCGACUUCGGGCGUCACGGCCGAGUUUAACGCGGUCGGCAUCCCUGCGUCGCUUUGUGUGCCCCCUUUGUGCGGAGAAGCAAAGAAAGAAGGCUGAGGCACAAGAUUCCAAUGCGAUUCCUUCCUUUCGACUGCUGGACGCACUCUUUGACCACGUGGAGUCGGCGCACGAGGGGGAGGAGCUGUCGGAGGAGCAGCUUCACAGUUUAUACAAAACGCAGCGGAGCUCGGCGUUACAUGCUCCCCAGCCAAGUGACAACAGUGGAACGGGAAAAACCAGCGAUAGCGCUGUCGACCCGAAUACCCAUGCGUUCAAGGACGAUGACACGAUUGGCAUGCGUGAGGAAACAAUACAGGAUGCAGUGAAGGCGGCGUCGUUGCCAGAGAUGUUGCAGAAGGCUGCCCCACCCGCAGCGGUGGAGCAAAAGGCACUUAAUGUCCACGUACGGGCUGGGAGUAACACUGUGCUUCUGGGACGUAUCGCGGAUGUUCAACAUGGUUUCAUUGGCACAAUGGCGGUGACGCAGUAUGUGUUGGAAAUUGACGGAGAGAACGCCACAUCCAACACAGGGGACGAGGGUGCAGAAUUGAGUCCAGAGAGCGAGAAGGAACUGAUAGUCAUCCGUUGCAUGGGUGAUAACUUCCCUGCCGCAUUGCUAAAGGAACAGGUGCGGCUAGGCAGCACGGUGCUUGUACAGGGUACACUUCGCAUGAAUCGACACAUUGAUAGCGCAUCAAAGCGACUUCAUGCGUAUCCGUUUGUUCAGGUGGUGCCACCACUUGGUUGUGUGAAGGUUAUCGGGUAA